AUGAAGCUCUCCAUCUGCCUCGUGCUCGCCGUCACUGCAGCCGCCAUUGCGCCUAGUCACGGUCAAGAAGUUGACAGCCGAUGUGCUAUCAGGUGCAGUUUCGAAAGCGAUCCGGUCUGCGGUUCCGACGGAGUGACGUACACGAACCAGUGCCUACUGAUACUCGCAAACUGCGACAGUGUCGAGGAAGUCACCCUUGCGUCCAAAGGCGCGUGCAAAAGCGCCAAGCCAGCCGCCGCCUGCGUCACACCGUGCCCCAAAAUCUUUGCUCCUAUGUGCGGAUCAGACGGCGUCACCUACGAGAACGGCUGCCAGCUUGCAAUUGCUCAAUGUGAGAGCGGGGGCACUAUCACGCGGGCGUCGGAGGGACAGUGCCCUGAUCCUUCUUCUGCUGGACCCAGCGACAACUUCAGCAACUGCCCGGACUUGUGCGCCGAGACGUACGAGCCCGUGUGUGGCUCGGACGGCAUCACGCACAACAACAUUUGUAUGCUGCGAGCCAUCGCGUGCUACGUUCCCAGCAUCACUUUGGCUUACGAGGGGGAGUGUAAGACUGCCAAAGGCGGCAGCUUAGAGGCGAACGAGACGAUGACGGGUACGGGCAAAGACGUGGCAUCCUGUCCAGACGUGUGUCCCGCCGUGUACACACCAGUGUGUGGCUCCAACGGCAUGACAUACGGCAACGCCUGUGAGCUGGGAAUCGCGAGCUGUAAAAAUCCGGAUCUACACCUCACGAAAGUGUCCGACGGCGCCUGCGCGGACGAACAGCCUCACCAGAACUGCUAA